AUGGGUAACAACCCUGUCUUCGCCGUGACGGUGUUUUUCAUCUGCUUCCGAGAAUGCAUCGAAACCACGGUGGUCGUGUCAGUCCUACUGGCAUUCCUCAAACAGGCCCUAGGAGGCCCUGAUGGAGAUCGGACCAUGUAUAAACGACUGGUCAAACAGGUGUGGCUAGGAUGUGGCUUAGGUCUCUUCAUCUGUCUCUGUGUCGGCGCCGGCAUGAUCGGUGCUUUCUAUGGCCUGGGCACCGACACCUUCUCUAGCACGGAAGACAUCUGGGAAGGUGUUCUGGCCAUCAUAUCGUCGCUGAUCAUCUCGCUGAUGGGCGCCGCUCUGCUUCGCGUCUCAAAGCUCCAGGAUAAGUGGCGUAUCAAGCUCGCCAAGGCCCUGGAUCAACAGAACAAUGCGAAAAAGUCGGAAAAGGGCCGCUUCAAGAGGUGGCUGGAGAAAUAUGCCAUGUUUAUCUUGCCGUUUGUGACGGUGCUUCGCGAGGGCCUCGAGUGCGUUGUCUACGUCGGUGGUGUCGGACUAGGGCUGCCGGCCACCUCUUUUCCUCUGGCCGUGGUGUGUGGUCUCGUGGCAGGAAUUUUAGUCGGCUACAUCAUCUACAGGGGAGGAAAAGAGACAUCGCUCCAAAUAUUCCUAAUCAUCUCCACCUGCUUCCUCUAUCUCGUCGCCGGAGGUCUGUUUUCGCGAGGCGUUUGGUUCUUCGAAAACAACGCUUGGAACAAGCUCGUUGGAGGCGAUACUUCCGAAACCGGAUCUGGUCCGGGGUCUUAUAACAUCGAACAAAGCGUCUGGCACGUUAACUGCUGUAACCCCCAAUUGGGCGGCGGCGGAGGUUGGGGUAUCUUCAACGCGCUGCUGGGAUGGACCAACUCGGCCACCUAUGGUUCGGUGCUCGCUUACAACUUGUACUGGAUUGCGGUCAUGGUGGGCUAUGGAGCAAUGCUGUAUCGCGAAAGACGAGGCCCUCUGCCUGUGGUGGACCCAGUUUUCAAGCGAAUCGGGGGGUACAAGGCAAGAGUCAAAGCUUUCAUCUUCCGCGAGUCCGUGGAAGAGCCGAGUCCGGCCGAAGCAAGUGGUGCGGCGGGCCAUUUUGCCAUGAUGGAGAAAACCUCUACUAUUGUCAGACAGGCUGAGCCUUGA